UGUGUGUGUGUGUGUGUGUGUGUUGAUCCAGAUUUGGUGCAUUUGGUGGAGGAGGUGUUGCCGGACCUGAAGAAGGACAACAUGGCGCUGUGGGUGGUGGAUCACACGGCCCCCUCGGAGGAGUUCACCAGUCUACUCGAUAAGGUGGAGAGCAUGUCUGGAGAAAGCUUGAGUGACCUUCCUAAAGUGAACAUCAUGUCCAACUUCCUCUUCAUCUUCACUUCAGGCACCACAGGUCUCUCCAAGGCGGCCCGGGUGGGUCACCUGAAGGCCGUCCUCAGUAUGGCCUUCUUUGAGAUGUGUGGAGCCAUGUCUGAGGACAUCAUCUACAUCACUCUGCCUCUGUACCACAUGUCUGCUUCCCUGCUGGGGAUCGGAGGAUGCAUACAGCUCGGUGCGACGUGUGUUUUAAAGAAGAAGUUUUCAGCCAGUCAGUUUUGGAAGGACUGUGUGAAGCACGAUGUGACGGUGGUGCAGUACAUAGGAGAACUCUGUCGAUACCUCUACAACCAUCCUGCAGUCCCAGAGGAGAGGGCUCACCGCGUCCGGCUGGCAGCAGGAAGUGGUCUCCGCUCAGACAUUUGGAGGCAGUUUUUGCAGCGUUUCGGCAGCAGGAUAAAGAUCAGAGAAGGUUAUGGCCUGACGGAGGCUGGCAUCGGCUUCCUGAACUACACCGAGGAGGUCGGACCCAUCGGCAGGGCGGGCUAUUUCAACAAGCUGUCCAUGCCCUUUGAGCUCCUCAGACACGACCCAGUGUCCUACGAGGCGGUCCGGACCCCCGCUGGGAGAUGCAUACGAGCACAGAACG